AACAGAAAAAUAGAGCACUAUCUAGAUAUUUCCUCCUUACCCUUUACAAAUAUUGCAUAUUCCUAUUCGAUCUAAUCCAAACCCCUCACUCUCUCAACAUCACACACAGACAGAAAAGUAGAUUGUCAAAGGCCAUGGGACGACUCUCUUAUCUUAGCUUCAAUCUCUUCAUCCUCCUCGCCAUCUCCUCCGUCGUCAGAUCAGACGAUGAAUGCGUAUACACGGUCUACGUCCGGACAGGCUCGGUGAUCAAAGGGGGAACGGAUUCGAUAAUGACACUGACACUCUACGACGCAGAAGGGUACGGAGUCCGGAUCAACAAUCUGGAAGCCUGGGGAGGACUCAUGGGACCUGAUUACAACUAUUUCGAACGAGGCAAUCUCGAUAUCUUCAGCGGAAAAGGCCCGUGUCUUCCGGGACCGGCCUGUAAACUGAACAUAACAUCUGAUGGAACAGGAUCAGGUCACGGAUGGUAUUGUAACUACAUUGAGGUGACAACCACCGGCGCGCAUAUUCCUUGUGCGCAACAAUUAUUCACCAUCGAGCAAUGGAUUGCACUUGAUCGAUCACCGUAUGAGCUGACCGCAAUUCGAGAUAAUUGUUCGGGUACGAGUAGCCAUGGUGGCCGGAAGAUCUUGAAGGGUUUAGCCAGGGAUGAUCAUGUUGUUGCUGUUUGAGUGAUGAUUUGAAAUUUUUCUUGUUCCGAAUAUUAUCCACGAGAGUGUGCUGUUAUUUUGUUUUUGCUGUUACAUUUUCACCGUGUAAUUGAAAAUAAUGGUGCUGGCAUAAUGUUGAUGUGUGAUAAUAAUGGUGCGUUGAACAUGGAUCCUUUUGUUUUGUUA